AUGCUCGACAUACUUCGCCGUCACAACUACAAGGUGACGCGUCACAUCACAUCUAAUCUGUUGAUGGUCACCUUGGUAUUCGGCAUGAGUGUUUUCACUUUUGGAUAUGAGGGCUCAACAUUAAACACCAUUCAGGCCAUGACACCGUUUGAACAACGGUUUGGCGACUAUAUUCCAGCCAAGAAAGCCUUCGGGUUCACAUCCAACAAGCUCGCCUACAUGAACUCAUUUCCUCUCCUGGUCUACGCCGUUGGUGUAAUAUGCGGAGCUCAGAUCGGCGAGCGAUGGGGCCGAAGGCUGGUAUUCAUUCUCACCAACAUUGUCUGCAUGGCCGGAACAAUUAUCGUUUACACGGCAAAGAACUACAAUCAACUACUCGCUGGUCGGAUGAUUGUCAACUUCCAUGUUGGCAUGGAGGCCUUUUUGAUUCCAAUGUUCCAGGCCGAGAUCGCGCCAGCAGCAGUUCGAGGGUCGCUUACAGCCAUUUAUGGUGUAAACGGAGUAUUUGCAGCCUUCAUCGCGUCUAUCAUCACCGACGUCACCAGCAAGCUCCAGGACGACAACUGCUGGAAGAUUCCUGUCGGCAUCGGCUUCAUUUUCCCGGCCUUUUCUCUGUUUUUCUGGGUUCUCAUCCCCGAAUCACCCCGAUGGCUUCUUCGAAAGGGCAAGUACGCUGAGGCAGUUGAGAACUUGGACUACCUGUAUGGAGCGAUGCCGAACUAUGACGCUGAAAAGGAAGCGAAGCUCCUCCAGGAAGCUCUAAAUACGAGUGAGAUUACCGGAAAAUGGAAAGACUUGGUCAAGGGCACGAAUUUGCGUCGCACCGUCAACGGUCUGGUUGCUGCCGCACUGGCUCAGCUUUCAGGUGCAUCUUUCUCCAACCUGUACGGCACCAUCUUCCUGAAGAGCUUGAAGGUCAUCGACCCAUUCAUGGGAACGAUGAUCAAGCGUGGCCUCUUGCUCGCGACCGCCAUUACUUUCAUGUUCAUUAUCGACAAGGCUGGUCGCCGUCCACUUUUCCUGUACAUGGGCUUCAUGCAAACUGCGGUUCUCAUGGUCAUGGGUGGGCUGGGUACGAUUACACACCCGACAGUCAAUAUCAACAAGGGCAUUGUUGCGUUGACGAUAAUGUUCCCCAUCUUCCACUUCGUAUCCUUUGGAGGCCCCUUGCAACUUACCAAGACGGAGAUUCCUCAUAUCACCCUUCGAGAUAAAUCAGUCAUGCUUUUCUGGCUGACUGCCAACCUGUGCAACUUUAUCUCAUCUUUUACCUUGCCCUACCUGUUGCAGGAGCCGGCGAACCUUGGUUCCCGAGUUGGUCUUAUUUACGGCUCAAUUUCAGCUUGUGGAUUGGUCUGGGGCUGGUUUUGCAUGCCCGAGAUGUCUAAAAAGUCCCUUGAGGAGAUUGAUGAGAUGUUCGCUGCUGGUGUCCCGGCCUGGAAGUCAAGACAUUGGCGAGGCGAGCAGACUGCUAGGAUCACCGAGUUGGAGAACAACGGUGUGGUACCUAGCGACAGCGACAGUGAGAGGAACAGUAUUGCAAAGUCUGAUGACUUGCAACCGAUUGUUCAAGAAAAGCCGCCUAAGGUUUGA